AUGCGUGCAAAUUAUCACCCAAUACUACAGACAAAUGUCCAUCGUGAUUCACCGAUUCCACAAGUAUUUCUUAUCGAAAAGGAACAAAAUUUAGCUAGUCAUCCUUCGACAUCAACCAAUCAUAAUCAUCACCAACAAUCUGUUCCCAAACAAAUCAAAGAUUCGAAAGAAUGUCAAUUGUCAAUCAAUUCUCAAGUUUCUCAUUCGUUUGAAAAAGAUUUCGUCGAGAAAAAACCUAAAGAACAUCAUCGACGAGUUUUAUUCAUUAUGGAACCGAUUAUCAUUGGUUUAAUUCUUUUCCCAAUUAUAAUUCUUUUCUGGCAGUGUGGAUGGAAUGUUAUAUUCGUUUUAUUGAAUUCAGUCAAUAGAUAUCCACCAUCUGCUUCUCAACAAUAUUUAGGGACGGAAGAGUCAAAAAUUCUAACAAACAUUCUAUCUUUAAAUGGCUCACAAAAAGUCUUAGAGAAAGAAUAUUUAUCAAAAUUUGACAAACAAAAACCCUCGAAAUUAGCAAAAAAUUCACAAAUAAAGGCAUCAAUUUAUAUUAUUCAAUGGGAAAUGAUUUGGACAAUGUGGGAUCAAUAUACUUCCGAUGAAUGGGAUUUUGAAUUACUUCUUUCUUUAACAUUUCUAUUUGUAUUAAUUAUCUUCACAGGACAUUUAUCAGAUCUGGUUUGUGCUCCAUUUCUCAUUAGUUAUGAUUCUAUUGAAUAUUGUUUACUAUCUAGUUGUCCUCUUCUAACACGACAAAUGAAACAAUGGAAAAUUAAUUUAAUAAAUUUUAUUUUAUACGAAAUUAUCAUUUCGAAUAUAAUAAUCAUAAUAUGGCGCGGUUUUUAUCAUUUUAUUGAUAUAUAUUUCUAUCCUGAUGAUUGGGUUCGAUCUGUUUGGAUUUGUUUAUUGAUUGGCUAUAUUCUUUAUUUUCCUUUAAUGUAUUUUCAAAAUUACUUGGAAAAUUUAAAUUUCAAAUAUGAAUUUUGGAUAUUUAUUUCGAGAAAUUUUCCUCAAUUCUAUGAAAAUAUUCGUCAUUUCUUUGCUUUUUUUUCAUGUCUCUUUCUUUGGCGUGGUUUUUGGCUUUUAUAUGAUUCAUAUAUUGAUAUUUUCGAAUCUUAUUUUCAAACAUGUUUAUUAUUAUAUCUUUCAUCAUUUCUAGUUUUGGCUUUAAUUCAAACGGCAUCAUCAAUCAAUGGUCCACUCAACACUAUGAAAGAUGAAAAUGGUUUUUUUCCUCUUUAUCCAAAUUGUUAUGUUUCGACAAUCUUUAGGAAAUUAUGUCAAUUACCUUUUUUUAAUCAAAACUAA